AUGGCGACGCCUCGUAUGGACACGUUUACCAUUAUAGUUAUACUCACGGAAAAUGAUAUUCCCAGAGCAAGUCUUGAGGGAAGGAAACCCACUGAAUUGAAAAAAGCUGAUCUUUCAUUUUGGCUGCAAUGCAGAGGUGACUCUUGCAAAGGGUUAAAUGUGAAAGCGACACUUGUUAAGCAGUAUGUGUAAAGCGGUUGAUAAUGUGAACAUUAUAAUUUCAUGUUUUCAGAUGGUUUGUAAGUUCCAGCUGCAUGCAAUGCUGCACAGGUUUCGUCUUAUUUAAUACACGACUAUCACAAGCUAUUACUCAAAUAAAUUUUAAGUUUAGAUUACAAGGAUGUGUUUUCUUGUGUUUUUUUAGAGUCGAGGAGUACUUUGCAAGUGGCAGGGACAAAUUUAUAGUUGACCCAGGUCCAAACCAAAUUUAUACAAAACACAAGGCUAGAGAAUGUGCUAUUUUGCUUCCUGGUCCUUCAUCUCAGAAUGACGUGGCUCCCUGAGUAAAAUACCCAACUACUAGCUGGGUGAAAGCUCUAGAGAAAUUGCCACUGUUCACAAAGGCUGAAAUGAAAAAGCGUGUAGAAAAUUCUGGUAAAAGAAUUGGAAAUGUUGAACACCAUUCUGUUCCAACAAGCCUUAAACGUGCAAAAACAUUUCUCCAAGAUGAAUAUUUAAAGGAAAUUGAAGCAGCUGAUGAUCAAGAUUACUUCUAUUUUAAAUGCAAAUGUUAUCACAGCUCCAAGAAACAUGAAGCACCUCAUGCUGUACAGGUAGCCCUUGUCAUAAACAGUCACGCGUAUUUGUUAUGUAAUCAAAGUCGUCACGCUUUUCGUUUUGUUUGUACAAAGAGAGCACAUGACAACAAUUGUAGGAUAUCAAAUUUAGUGUGUAUAUUAGGGGCGUGUGAUUUAACUCGAAAGGUUCUUUUCUGUACGAUAUCAGAGUGGAAUAAAUCAGAAUUUAUACGAAAACAAUUACGACGACUUCGUGUUUAUAAUAUGGCGCCCAACGUGGGGCUCGAAAUCACGACCUGAAGAAAAGAUGUCAGAAGGAGAUCUACCACGACUAAGAGCAACUCGCGGGGCCAACAGAGGAGUCAUAACAAAGCUCAUCGGCGAAGCUGAUACAAUCUUGGAAAAUGCGACCUCCGAAUUGGAUAUCAAAACGAAAAACAAGUUAACAAGAAUCGAAGAAAUGUUAAAGGAAAAAUCGAAACUGGUCUCAGAUCUUGACGAAAAAAUCGUAUCCGUCUGUAAAGUGGAGGAAAUCGAAAAGGAAAUUGACGAAGCCGAAACAUUGAAAAUGCGAGUAAUGGACGCUCUUGCGAAUAUUUCCCUCACGACAACGCCCUCAAAUACGAGUACAACUUACACAACAACCGGUGGAUCCGCAGCACAAUUUACAGAAAACAACCCUUCUAUUCCGACCGGUUCACUAUCGACGCCUCCUUCGACUCAAGCCAUACAAACAACGGGAUCUCCUCCAGCUUCUUCAGCUCCUCCUUCGCCGAAUCAAACUUCCCAACAUAGUGGUACACCUCCUACAACAAAUGCAGCGACAUCUAAACUACCAAAGCUCACCCUACCGAAAUUUAGAGGCGAAGUGACUCAGUUCAAGCCGUUCUGGGAUACAUUCGAAAGUGCCGUCCAUUCGAACCCGAAUUUAUCGAAAAUCGCAAAGUUCAAUUAUCUAGUAGCUCAACUCGAGGGAGCAGCGUCACGCGCCAUUGCAGGCAACUAUCAAGCGGCUGUGGACAUUUUGAUGAAAUGAUUCGGAAAACCACAACAAAUCAUCGCUUCCCACAUGGACGAACUUUUGAAAAUCUCCGUAUGUUCUUCAGAAAGGCCUUCUCAACUCCGUUAUUUGUAUGACAAAAUCAGCGUAAACGUAAGAGGCUUAGAAGCCCUGGGCAUCAAAUCUGCACAAUAUGGAAGUCUUCUCAUUCCGGUAAUUAUGUCGAAACUUCCUCCCGAUAUACGAAUUCACGUCGCUCGCAACACUAGUCAAGAUCUCUGGGAAAUCGAACCGCUACUCGACCUAUUACAACGCGAAAUCGAAGCGAGAGAAAUGAGCGAAAGAGUUAAAACCAUCCCACCUUUAGAAUCAAAACAACAGCCUCCUCCACAUUUUGUUCCUGAAAAAUCGAAGGUUUUGCCACCCACUAUUCCACCCGGUACUUCUGGUGCCUAUCUUGCUGAUUCACAAACCCAACAGUUUGCGCCGACUUGUGUUUACUGUUCUGGGAAACAUUUCUCAGCUUCGUGCGAAACGGUCACCGAAUUAAACGCUCGCAGAACCAUCCUUGCUCGGGACAAAAGAUGUUUCAUGUGCCUUCGAAAGGGACAUCAACAGGAUCAAUGCCAGAAAACUUGCAGAAGAUGCGACAAGAGACACCAUCAAUCGAUUUGUCCACGAAACGCGAACUCCUCCAACAACAACAACAAUAACGCGCAGAAUACAGAACGUCCCCUCAAUUCCGACCGAUCUACACAAGAAAGACCUAGGGACCAGACGAUCAACGAAAGAGAGAAUACUGGCAUCACAACAGCAACUACGACAAAUCGUGAGAGUUCAAAACCGAAUUGCAGAGUGUUACUUCAAACAGCUAAGGCUGUAGCGACAAACGAAGAUGGGACUAGAUCGACCGUGGUGAGAUUACUUUUCGACAGUGGAAGUCAGCGCUCUUACAUCACUGAGAAUUUACGAGCAACACUUCAUCUGAAAUCACUUCAAACUGAACGACUCAACUUGAACACAUUUGGAGAAGCAAAGUACAAGAAGCAGAAUUGCGAUGUUGUGAAAUUACAAGUACAAAGGUCUGGAUGCGAAGAUGCCAUUAAAAUUUCUGCUCUGACAUUUCCGGUUAUUUGUUCGCCUUUACCUGGCAAGGUCUCUGUAAACUACCCGCAUUUGGAUGGAUUGGAGCUAGCGGAUGAACCGUUUGACGCCGAAGGUUCGAUUGAUAUUCUGAUCGGCUGCGAUUAUUGCUGGCAUUUUGUAACGGGGGAGACAAGACGAGGAGACGAAGGUCCCAUUGCUGUAAAUAGCAAACUCGGGUGGCUGCUGUCUGGACCAGUUAAAGGAACACUCAAUCGGAUUUAUGUUACACAUUCAAAUUUAAUAAUCGAAGGCCAUGACGACCUAUUUGCCCGAAACAAAGACGACGUUCUCACGAACACUCUGAAGAACUUUUGGGAGACUGAGGCAAUUGGCAUUAAGGAUCUGACUCAACAGGAAACGAAGGAAUCUUUCAAAAUCGAUGUUGCAUGGAGCGAAGACCGAUACGAAGUCAAUUUACCGUGGAAAGAAAAUUGUUUGCCGCUAUCCUCCAACAACUAUCUGUUGUGCGAAUCGCGAUUAAGGUCCUUACAUCACAAGCUGCGCAAAGACCCAGAGUUAUUAGCCGAAUACGACAUCAUUCAAGACCAGUUAUCAAAGGGGAUAAUCGAGCAAGUACCGAAUAAAGAGAAAAUUGCUGCGCGACAUCAUUAUUUGCCUCAUCAUGCAGUAGUAAGAAAGGAUCGUGAGACUACGAAGGUACGAAUUGUGUACGAUGGGUCAGCAAAAUCUGGUAACCAAGAGAAGUCACUCAACGAUUGCCUUGAAACUGGGCCAAAUCACAUCCCACAUGUUUUCAAUAUGCUAGCGCGCUUUCGGAAGAAUCCUGUCGGUAUCACAGCUGACAUUGAAAAGGCCUUCCUUAUGGUGGGAAUCCAAGAGGAUCAUCGAGACUUUCUUCGAUUCUUAUGGUUAAGAAACCCAGAUUGCGUUAAGCCUGAAAUUGUACAAUACAGGUUCACAUGGCUCGUGUUUGGGUUACGCCCCUCACCUGCUAUUUUGGGAGCGACAAUUCUACAUCACUUACAACUACACAAACAAAGUGACCCCGAAAUCGCUGAAUUAUUGGAACAAUCUCUGUACGUGGACGACCUGUUAAUGGGGGAGUCAGACGAAGAAAGAGGUCUCUCUGUUUACAAGAGAUGCAAGAAGGUUAUGUCCAGUGGAGGAUUCAAUCUCAGAAAAUGGCGAUCGAACUCGCGAAAACUACAAAUGCAAAUUACGAAACUUGAAAGUUCACCAGGAUCAGCAAACACACAACAGGAGGUCACUAAUGUCAACAAAGAAGAUGACGAAUCAUUCGCGAAAUCGUGUUGGUUGUGACUCAACGACUUCUGACAACGAAGAUGCAGUAGUUAAAAUUCUAGGAAUGAACUGGAACACUCUCACAGACGAAAUUUUCUUCAAUUUCUCCGAUCUGUGCCCAUUUGCACAAGCACUUCCCCUCACCAAGCGAUCUGUUCUCAAGGUUACGGCCAAGAUCUUCGACCCCAUGGGAUUUUUGACGCCUCUAACAAUAGAGAUGAAGAUCUUGUUUCAAGAACUUUGUAUCAACAAAACAAACUGGGACGAAGAAUUACAAGGAACUUUGCUUCACCGAUGGAAAUCGUUUCUCCAAGAUCUGAAGUUCAUUGGCGGCUAUCGUAUUCCUCGAUGCUAUUAUUCGCGACAACCUGUAACCUCUCAGAUACAUGGCUUCAGUAAUGCUUCAGAACGCGCCUACACUGCGGUGGUUUAUAUUCGAAACACGUACAGUGAUGGUCGAAUCGAAGUUAAAUUGGUCGCUUCAAAAUCGAGAGUCGCUCCUAUCAAGGCACAGACAAUUCCUCGAUUGGAAUUACUAGGAGCAUUAAUUUUGGCCCGACUUGUUAACAAGUUUAAGUCGAUACACAACCGUUCUCUGGAGUGAUUCUACAACUGCUCUAUGCUGGAUCAAAAAUGAAAGAGUAUGGAAGCAGUACAUUGGUCAAAGAGUAGAAGAAAUUCGACGUCUAACUCCCAAAGAUUUAUGGAGGCACUGUCCAGGAGAAUUAAAUCCUGCCGAUCUACCAUCGCGUGGACUAUCAGCGAAAGAACUUUCUGCCAGCAAUACGUGGUGGAAUGGUCCGAGUUUUUUGUAUCAAUCCGAGAAUGAAUGGCCCGAAACUUCUCCAUCGGAACAAGUGAACGAAGAACAAAUUUUACAGGAAGCCGUCAAGAACGUACCAGAUGUAACACAUUCCCUUAUUACCACUGCCUGCGACAAAUUCAACCCGAAAGUUGACCAAAUAAUCGACAUUGGACGGUUCAGCAACAGGACGAAAUUAAUUAGAGUAACCGCGUUUGUGAUCAAGUUCAUCAACAAGCUCAAAAACCGAACACUUGAAAACCGGAAAGAAGAAAUGGAAGAUUUAACAACCACCGAAUUGAAGGACGCCGAGAAUCUGUGGAUACACUCGGUUCAAGCAUCGUCUUUUACCAAUGAACUUUCUUUUCUGACUCGAAAGGAUUCGAAAUCAAUGCCACCUAUACGUGUUCCGCAGUUGGGACUGUUUCUCGACGACGAUGGAAUUAUCAGAUGCAAAGGACGGAUCGCAAAUGCUUCCCUAUCGUCUUCUGCCAGAACCCCGAUACUUUUGCCUGCCAAACACGCUUUCACCAAUCUCACUAUUAGGAAUAUUCACGAUUUAGUCAAGCAUUCUGGGAUAAGGGACACGCUUACGAACUUACGAGAACGUUUCUGGAUUCUACGCGGUCGCGAGACAGUCAAGAAAAUCAUUCGACACUGCGUUGUCUGCCAACGAUUCGAUGCAGCACCAUGCAAACCUCCACCGUUCGCUGAUCUUCCAACCAACCGAGUCUCAGACGAUCCACCUUUUACUAAUGUUGGAAUCGACUUCACUGGGCCAUUUUACGUAAAGGAAAACGUCAACAACGCUGAAUGUGUCAAAGUUUAGGUGUGUUUAUUUACAUGCGCUUCAACCCGUGACUCGUGGACUCGGUGUCCAAGAUUUCCUGCUUGCUUUCAGAAGAUUCACCAGUAGAAGAGGACUCCCGGCUAAUCUUCAAUCGGACAAUGCAAAAACUUUCAAAUCAUCAAGCAAGGAUAUUCGUAAAUUAUUACGGUCACCGGAAGUUUGGCGAUAUUUAACCAACAAUCAAAUCAGUUGGAAUUUCAUUGUGGAAAAGGCGCCGUGGUGGGGAGGCUACUGGGAAAGGCUCGUUCGCAGCGUAAAGUCUCCUAUCCAAAAAACCAUCGGAAAAUCUACCCUCACCCACGAGGAGCUAAGUACUCUGUUAACGGAAAUAGAAGGGCUGAUCAACGCAAGGACGCUGACUUAUGUGUAUGAUGACGAGGAAUCGAUCUCGUAUCCCUUAACGCCAUCGGAUCUGAUUUAUGGUCGAAGAGUUACUACAACUCCGAACAGUCAACAUUUCGAAAUCACUAGCACCUACGAUUCUCUGACGAAGCGACUUAAACAUCAUAGACACCUGUUGGGACAAUUCACUCGUCAAUGGAGAAAUGAAUAUUUAACCAGCUUAAGAGAACAUGCUAUCAAGAACGCACGGCUAAGGGAGACAAUGGCGAUGCAGGGGUCAAGGUUGGAGACAUUGUUAUUCUCAAAAAUGACAGCGUUCGUCGAAGCUUCUGGAAGCUUGCGAAAGUAGAAGAAUUGUACCCGGGCCGAGAUGGAAAGGUGCGAGCAGUUUCAGUUAGAGUUACGAGUACCAAUGGUAGUUCAAUUCAGCGAUUGCGACGACCCAUUCAACACGUUGUUCCUCUUGAGGUGAACUCUUGAACUGAACUGAGAACCUUAAACGUUGCCGAAUUUAGAUUUAUUUCCUCACACUUGUAAAUAACGCGAACAUUUAGAAACAACGAACUUUGCGAUAACAAAUAUAGUCUUAGUUUAUUUUUCAAAGCGAAUAUAGUUGACUCACACUAAGGUGAUCAACUAGGGGGAGUGUCAUAAACAGUCACGCGUAUUUGUUAUGUAAUCAAAGUCGUCACACUUUUCGUUUUGUUUGUACAAAGAGAGCACAUGACAACAAUUGUAGGAUAUCAAAUUUAGUGUGUAUAUUAGGGGCGUGUGAUUUAACUCGAAAGGUUCUUUUCUGUACGAUAUCAGAGUGGAAUAAAUCAGAAUUUAUACGAAAACAAUUACGACUACUUCGUGUUUAUAAUAGCCCUUUGCAUCUUAUCUGCCCAAGUGAUAGAUGCCACUUGUACACUUGUUCUGCAGGUAAAGUGGGUUAUUGUAAUCACACAUUAG